CGCAGUGCACGGUUUGAUUGUGCAGCUGACAGCUCCCGCUGACCAGACGACAUUUUCUGAAGUUUCCACUGGCUGCCAGCGGCAUUGGAAGGAUCCUCGGGGACCAUCAACUCACGCAAUGGAAGCAGUGAACCUGGAAGAUGUGCUUGUGAACUUCACCAUGGAGGAGUGGGCUGUGUUGAAUCCAUCUCAGAAGAAGCUCUAUAGAGAUGUGAUGUGGGAAACAUUUAUGAAUAUGACAGCUCUGGGAAGCACUUGGGAUAUCCAACAAAUUGAAGAAUACAAUAACUGCUCAAGAAAUCUAAGAAAUGAAAAGAUAACAAAAUUUGAUGAGAACAAAGUUUGGAAUCAAGAUGAAAAAAUGUUCCUUUGGACUUCAGAUGAGAAUGUGGAUAUACAGCAGGCUGAUCAAAAGCCAGCUGAAAGCCUUACGUGUAGAAAACCCUUAGUUGGACAUUUAUCAUUAAACAUGUUCACAUUACUUCACAGUGAUCGGAAGCCACAUGAAUAUGUGGUAUUUGAUGAGAAGCCAAGUAAUUGUAAUGAACCAGGAAAAACUUACAGUGAUUUCCAGUCCUUUCAGAAGUUUACAAGAUUAAAGCCUGGAGAGCAAAGCUAUCAAUAUGAGCAGUGUGGGAAAAUGUACUAUAAUUCUAAGGAAAGAACUCAGCCUGGAGUGCAGAGCUUUAUGUACAAGCAAAGAGUGAAAGGCUCCAGCACUCCUAGUGUUGUCAACAUCCAUGAAAGAAUUCACAACGGGAAGACACCCUAUGUAUGUAAGCAAUGUGGAGAAGAAUUUGCAUAUAGGUCUGCAUUUCUUAGACAUAAACAAACCCACAGAAGUCAGAAUGCCUAUAUAUGUAAGCAAUGUGGGAAAGCAUUCACUACACUGAAGUACUGUAAAAUUCAUGAAAAAAUUCACAGUGGGGAGAAACUCUAUGCAUGUAAGCAAUGUGGGAAGGCAUUCACUAUACAAAGCUACCGUACAAGACAUGAAAGAAUUCACACUAGGGAGAAACCCUAUGUGUGUAAUCAAUGUGGACAAGUAUUUGCCAAUCGGUCUUUACAUUGUAGACAUAAACGACUCCACAAACGCCAAAAAGCCUAUAUAUGCAAGCAAUGUGGGAAAGCAUUCACAACUCGAGGUUAUUGUAAAUUACAUGAAAGAAGUCACACUGGGGAGAAACCCUAUGUAUGUGAGAAAUGUGGGAAAGCAUUCACUACACUGAAGUAUUGUAAGAUACAUGAAAGAUUUCAUACUGAGGAGAAACCCUAUAUAUGUAAUCAUUGUGGGAAACCAUUCACUACUGUGCAUAGUCAAAAAAGGCAUGAAAGAAUUCACACUGGUGAGAAACCUUACUCAUGUAAGGAAUGUGGAAAAGCAUUCACUACAGUGAUUAUUGUAAAAUACAUGAAAGAGUUCACAGUGGGGAAAAACCCUAUGCAUGUACACAGUGUGGGAAAACAUUCACUCGACUGAGUUAUUGUAAGAAACAUGAAAGAAAUCACACUGGUGAGAAACCAUAUGUAUGUGAAAAAGUGGAAGAACACUCCCUACUCUUGAGUUACUAUAAAAUACAUGAAGGAAGCUACACUGGCAAGAAACCGUAUGAAUUUAAAACAUUUGGAAAUACAUUCAGCCAAUAGUAAAUUUAAAAGGCAUCAAAGAGUUCACAGUAGGGAGAUAAACUAUGCAAGUAAAGAAUGUGGAAAUGUAUUCAGCACACAGAGUACCUGUCUGAUUCAUGAAAGAUCACACACUGGGGAGAAACCCUAUACAUGUAAGCAAUGUGGGAAAGGUUUUGCUACAUAUGCACAAGUAUUGUGAAAUUCAAGAAAGUUCAUGCUGGGGAGAAACCAUGUUACAUGUGCAAGUGGUGGAAGAAGGGAUUCAGUACACACAAAUGUUACUAGUGACAUGAAAGGACUCACACUGGGGGAAAAACCUUUGUGUGAAAUGUGGGAAUGUUUACACAAAUAUUCUCAAAGACAUGAACUCACACAGGUGUGUAAACUUAAGUAAAAUACAGGGAGAAAAAUUUUAUUAGUCCUUAUGUGCUUAGAUGUCACACUGAUUUGGAAACCUCUAAACAAUGUGAGCAACAUAUUCAAUAAUUUUAAUGAAAUACAUGAAGUCACACUGCGAAAAAAUAUAUGCCUAUUUUCAAAAUUCAUCAUGUACUAAAGACUUACAUAAAUUUAGUGAAAAAUUUUAAUCUCAACAUUUCAUAAAUUUUCUAGGAACAGUACUACCAUAGAGAAAUACCUAUAAUGUGUUCUUUAGUUAACCUCUUGUAAAUAUCUAAACUAUGUGUAUGUAGUCUUCAUUAUAAAAACAUUAGCAUAAUAUAUUUUUGUUGCAGCCAUUGAGUUUAAACAAUAUGUACUAUCUUCUAAUUAAAUAAGGUGAAUUGAAAUAUAUUUCUCACUUUCAUGCGGUAGAGUUACGUUUUAAUGUCAUUUUUAUUUGUUUACACUUCUGGGAAGUAUACCCUAUGAAAAAUACCUUAUAUUCAUUGUUUUAAUGCAUGAGUUUUCCUACUAACUUUGAUUUUCUUCAUGUACAUAAGUCAUAUUCAUGGUAGAAGGACAGAAAUUUUUCAAAUUGAUGUGCUAUAUAUAUAUAUACACAGACUGUGAACAUGUAAUUUUGAAAAGUUCAUUUGUCUUCACAACUUGAAGAUUAGCAAAGAUAUUAGUUCAAAAAUAAACAUAUUUUUUUAUUCUAAAAAAUUAACUACAUAUAUCAAAACAAUUAUAUCAUGUGCCUAAUUGUAUCUAUUUUGCUUUUAUGUUUGGGUUAAUAUUAUGAUUCAUGAAGACUUUUCUUGUUAUUACCAUUUCAUUUUUCAUGCUAAAGUUGACAUGACUUUCUGGAAGCCAAGAGAUGAUUUCCAAGGUGACAAUGUGUACUUGAGCUCCUCUGUAGAAACAGAAGCAAGUUUUCCUUUUUUAUUUAUUUUUUACAGCAUUUAGGUAACAAUCCUCCCUAUGUUGGUCUUUCUCAAACAGAAAUCUGUGGGGCAAAUUUAGUUGGACCUAUAGUACUCAAGUUGACACCGUCAUAUAACUAUUACAGUCCAUCUCUUGACAACUUCACAAAAAGACACAUUUCUUUAAAUGAUAGGCUGCAGAUACAAAGAAGAGCUCAUAAAUAUACCUAAUGUAUUAUAACUGUCCUAUGUUGAAAUGGAAAUGUACUAAUUCCUUACCCAGAAUACAAGGAUGUUUUCUUUG